GCAUUUUUUUCUCCAAACAAGAUAGUAAAUUAAAAUCAGUAUGGGAUGUGGAGUAUCACAAGCUGCAUAUAAACAACAGACACAAAGUCCAAUAUCACCAACAAAAAACACAACUGCAACUACAACUACAACUUCACCUUCUGACAAUUUGCCUCAUGAAAACGAAAUCAGUACCCUAAAGGCUGCAGAUAAGGUUGUCGUUCAGCCCUCGGCUGAUCAACUUUGUGCAACUAAAAGUCCAUCAUUGAACAACGUACCGCCUCACGACACUGAGACCAUUCUAAAGAAUGAAAGUAAUGUUGCCGAUCAAACUUCAAGUAACAAGCUCUAUGCAACGACUACAAGUGCACCAAGGAAUAGUUUACCUCAUGACUAUGAAACUAUUCUAAUGGAUGCUGAUUCAGUCAUCACUAAGCCCUCAAUUGACCAGCUCUAUGCUGGUGUGUUCUUGAACAACAAGAAAAAGAAGUAUUGGGUUGACAAGGUAUCAGGCGGCAACUGUUUCUUGGUGUACGCAAGAGAUCUCUCUAUCACAUGGGGAAAUGACAGAAGUUAUUGGCAAUGGCUCCACAUUAAAGAAACAAGUGAUGUUUUUAUCGAUAUUGCAAAAUUGAGGAUGGUUUGCUGGUUACAAGUUAUUGGGAAAAUCGAGCUGGCCAAGUUAACGCCAGGACUCAAGUAUGAGGCCGUAUAUGUGGUGAUGAUGGAAGACGGUGCUUAUGGGUGGCAAUUUCCAAUCACGAUGAGACUGGAACUACCAGAUGGAGAUAAACAAGAACAUAAAGAGAAGUUACUGAAAAAGACUAGAUCCAAAUGGUUUGAAAUCCAGGUUGGAGAGUUUAUAGUAAACGCAAAUAAAAAUGAAGGAUUUAUCAAGUUUUCUUUGUUAGAAUUAGAAUUCGAUAAUUGGAAGUCAGGUUUACUAAUUAGAGGUGUAGUAAUUAGACCUAAAAAUUGAAACACCAGCAUACCGCAGUUUGAUUCAAAAAUUUCAAUAGAAUUUGAUGAAAAAAAAUUUAAAUUUUAAAAAGAGAAAAUAGCCUAGAUACCCAAAAACAUCUUCAAUAUACGAAAAUACCCAACUUUUUUUGAAUUCACCAAAAAUACCCAUAAAAUCGUAAGACCGCAAGGAGGAGUUGCGGAUCGCAAGCAAUGCUUGCGAUCUGCAAGCAAGGCUUGCGAUUUUGACUUUUUUUGACUUGUGGAUAAGAUUUUUUGUUAGAUUUUCUUGUACUUGUUAAGAUAGCAAUCAGAUUUUUAUGUACUUUUUUAACUUAUGAAUUUACCAACAACCUUUCACCAUAAUUUUUUGUUUCUUUCAAUUUGCAAAGUAAAAUGUAUAUUUUUCUUAGCUAAUAAGUAUUUAGUAUUUAAUGUCGUUGCAAAAAGUGGCAAACCAUGAGGACCAAUCUUGUAUUUACAAUGAUGAGAAAAAAAUUACUGAAAAGAUACAAGGUUUUUGAAACAACAGUACCAACUACCAAAAACCUAGCCAAGUAAGUACAUGUACAAAGUUGAAACUUUCUUUUAUCUCUAGUCAACUAAAAAACCUGCUUGCUCAAAAAUAUUUAUCAUCGAGUUUCUGUAAGUUUCAAGCACAGAGCAACAAAAUAUUGACCAGUUUACACCUCUGACUCGAGUCCAGUAAUAACGUGGUCCAUUUUCUUGAUAAAACCUGUUGAAAUUACUAUUUAAUGAAUUUUAAUCUUAGCUUUGUUACUAGAUUUAUGUCUUUCAAGAUUACCAUGAUCAAAGAAACACAAACAGUAGCAAAUUUCACUUGUUAAAUAACAAUUUUCCAUAAUGAAAACAUAGAAACCGUCUCAGUUUUUAGUGACACCCCAGUACCUAAGAAGACUCAGAGUUCACCCUCAAACUUCCAUCCUAACUCUACAUUUCAAACAAAAACUAAAUUAAAUACUAAAUACUUAUUAGCUAAGAAAAACAUACCUUUUAUUUUGCAAAUUGAAAGAAACAAAAACUUAUGGUGUUGUUUAUGAUGAAAGGUUGCUGGUAAAUUCAUAAGUAAAAAAAAGUACAUAAAAAUCUGGUUGCUAUCUUAACAAGUACAAGAAAAUCUCACAAAAAAUCUUAUCCAUAAGUCAAAAAAAAGUCAAAAUUGCAAGCCUUGCUUGCGAAUCGCAAGGAUUCCUUGCGAUCCGCAAGCAAGGCUUGCGAUCCGUAACUCCUCCUUGCGGUCUUGCGAUUUUAUAGGUAUUUUUGGCAAAUUCGAAAAAAGUUAGGUAUUUUUGUAUAUUAAAGAUGGUUUUUGGGUAUCAAGACUAUUUUCUCUUUUAAAAAUUUCAA